ACAAUUGUGAAAAGCGUAACGAAAAUGUUGUUAAAAGCAUUAUAAAAUGCUUUAUGUGUUAAUUAAUCUCACAUGUGAAACGUUAAAACGUGAAUUCAAUAUCAAAUCUGUGCAAAAUUUUAAAGUGCAAUAGUGUUUGGGGCUAAAGUGCAAUCAAUCCGACUACAGGCCAAAUAUAUAAAUCAAAACAAGCAAAUAACCUUGUGGCAAUCGCAGUUCGAGCGCGCUACGAAAUCAGUAAUAAAAUAGAAAGUCCAAUUACCAACAGCCGCCAGUGUAGUGAGUGUUAUGCAGAUUGCUUUCGAAUAAAUAUUUAUAUCUCUAUGCCUAAAAAUUUCACAACAGUGUUUUCUUAAAAAUCAGUUCCCGUGGAGUCAAAAAGUUAGUGCUGCACACAGACAAAAAUAUACCCACAAGCACACACGAGCAACUACGUACAUACGCAGUAACGUAUUAGUGUGCAUACGAACGACGGAAAGGGGAAUUCGAAAAUAUACAAAGUACUUCCAUUGGGUAGUUUUUUAAUUCACAAAAAUAAAAUCAACAAUACAAAAAUUAUAACGAAGAGUCUCAACAGCAAGAACACAAUUAACAGGACGGUAACGGCAAUAACAGUGAUUAGCAACGACAAAGAGGAAAAAUAGAAUAGUUAACAGCCAGCAUUAUAUUUACAUAUUUGAAUGCUGCUGAGGCUUCAUCAUUUCAUAGGAAAUGGUUUCGUUAAUUGAUACAAUCGAUGCGGCAGCGGAGGCUCAAAAGCAACGGAGCGCCGCUGCCGCUGCUGCACAGACGUCGUCAAGCGCCAACGUCGCUGUCAACGCUGGAGACAAGUCGCCGCCCGCUGCUGCUGCAGGCGCUGCUUUGACAGCCAGCGGGAAGCCUAAGGAGAAACGAAGGAAUAAUGAAAAGCGCAAGGAAAAGUCACGAGAUGCGGCGCGUUGUCGUCGCUCUAAGGAGACCGAAAUAUUUAUGGAACUUUCUCAGGCAUUGCCGCUGAAGCCCGACGAUGUCAAUCAGCUGGACAAGGCAUCAGUGAUGCGCAUUACAAUUGCCUAUCUGAAAAUUCGCCAGAUGCUUGAGUUUGUACCCAAUAUACGUGAGCUCAUUGACAUGGCCGACGGGGAUGCGACUGCGACACCGGUCGAGCCCAAGGUGGAAAAUGAUAGCGAGGAUUGGCUUAAGUCCGCCGAGGCCAGUCAACUAUUGAAACAGACAAUGGAUGGCUUUUUGUUGGUGCUAUCCAAUGAGGGCGACGUCACCUAUGUCUCGGAUAACAUAAUAGAUUAUCUGGGCAUAACAAAGAUUGAUACACUGGGCCAACAGAUCUGGGAGUACACGCAUCAGUGCGAUCAUGCCGAGAUCAAGGAGGCGCUUAAUCUUAAACGCAAUGGCAUUGCCGACAAGAUCAAGGAUGAGCAGCUAAUCGAAUCGGGCGUUAGCACACAUCAUCGCGAUCUGUUCGUGCGCAUGAAAUGCACCCUAACCAGAAGCGGGCGCAGCAUCAAUAUCAAGAGCGCCUCCUAUAAGGUUAUACACAUCACCGGACAUUUGCGCGUCAAUAGCAAAGACGAGCGUGUGCUCAUUGCCAUUGGUCGACCCAUUCCGCAUCCCUCGAACAUUGAAAUACCGCUGGGCACCAGCACAUUUCUGACCAAGCACAGCCUGGACAUGAAGUUUACCUAUGUGGAUGACAAAAUGCUCGCACUGCUUGGCUAUCUGCCUGGCGAUCUUCUCGAGACUUCGCUCUUCGAUUGCCAGCAUGGCGCUGACUCGGAGCGUCUGAUGGCCACCUUUAAGAGCGUGCUGAGCAAGGGACAGGGCGAAACGUGUCGCUAUCGUCUACUGGGCAAAUUUGGCGGCUACUGCUGGAUCGUGACACAGGCUACGAUUGUUUACGAUAAGCUAAAGCCGCAGAGCGUUGUCUGCGUUAAUUAUGUCAUCAGUAAUCUUGAGAACAAACAUGAGAUUUAUUCACUUGCACAACAAACGGCGGCAAGUGAGGAACAGGAAAACAAGAAACAGCAACAACUACCUGAAACUAACAACAACGAAACAACAAACAACACUGCAACAGCAAUUGAUAAACAAGUUGCCGCAGAAGCAACAACAGCAACAACAACUGCAAUUGCAACUUUAGAGCUAGCGGACAAACCCAAAGCGAUUGAGACUGCAAACGAAAAAGCAACAAUUGAAACAACAGCAACAACAACAAUCACUGCACCAGCAGCAACUUCAACUGCGACUGCUGCUGCAACUAACCCACCAGCAACAACAAUAACAACAACCACAACAUCCAACACCUCAAUAACCUCAUCUUUAGAUAUAAUAUCGAAAUCAAAACAACAACAAGUGCAACCCGAGCAGUUUAUUAAACGUGAAAAUAAUUCACCUGGACCGCGAACCAUCACCUCUCAGCUCCUUAGCAAUUUGCGCGUCAACAACAACAACACCAACUGCAAUAGCAGCAGCAACAACAACUGCGACAACUUGCUGCCUCGCGAAGAGAAACGUCCCAAAUCGGUGACCGCCUCGGUCAUACGCAGCACACCCCCAACCGCUGUGUGCAAGAAGAGUUUUGUUGCAGCCACUCUGCAAACGCUGCCGCCCACAACAACAACAACAGCUGCCAUACUGCACUCCAGCAAUCAGCAGCAACAAUUGCAGCAGCAGCAGCAACAACAACAAGCACAAGAUAUGAAUAAAGGAUUCUUAUCAUUCGUUGAUGAUGGCCGAGGCUUAACAAUGCUGAAAGAGGAACCGGAUGAUUUGUCGCAUCAUUUGGCCAGCACCGCCUGCAUACAGCUGGAUGAGAUGCAGCCCUUCGGCGAGAUGCUGGGUCUCAUGAGCUCCUGUUUGCUGCCCGAUGAUAUCAAUUCCUUGGACUCGACCACCUGCUCGACAACAGGCAGUGCGCCGCUCUAUCACAACAACAACAACAACAACAACAACAGCAGCAGCAGCAACAGCUAUAACAGCAGUCGCCAGAGUUUAAACACUGCAGCAAAUGCGAGCUCAGCUAGCAGCAGAACUAACAGCAACAACAGCAGCAACUGCAGCAGCAGCAACAGCAAUAACAACGGCAGCAGCACUUGCAGCAACAGUCAACAGCAAAGUCAGGAUAACAGCAGCAGCCACAGUAACAGCCACAGCAACAGCAACAGCAGCAGCAGCAACAUUGAUCCGCUGUUCAAUUAUCGCGAUGAAUCGAAUGACACCAGCUGCUCACAGCAUUUGCACUCGCCCAAGACACCCGAGGACAGCAGCUUGCCCUCGCUGUGCAGCCCGAACUCUUUGACCCAGGAGGAGGAUUUCUCAUUUGUGGACUAUGAUAUGCGCGCACCUUACAUAGCCAUGGACGAUGACAUGCCGCUGCUCACCGAGGGCAAUGUCAUGUGGGGCUCUGAGGUGGACAGCAUGCAAGAGCAUUUGCAGCAGUGGCAGCAGCAGCAGCAGCAGCCACAACAGCAGCAGCAGCAACAGCAGCAACAGCAGCAGCAGCAAUAUAACAGCUAUCAGCAACAGUCUGUGCAACAGCAAUCACAUCAGCAACAGCAGCAACAUUUUUCCAGUUCGCUGUGCUCCUCGCCUGCCUCCACAGUGUCCUCGCUGUCGCCGUCGCCCGUGCAGCAGCAUCAACAGCAGCAACAUUCAAAUGUUUUUAGCACCGGCUCCAGCGAGCUGGCAGCAAUGCUUUGCGGCAGCGGCAAUGGCUCGCUCUCAAUUUUGGACAAUGCCCCGAUCGAGGAUCGUCUGCAGCAGCAGCAGCAGCAGCAGCAGGACUUUCGCAGUUUCCAGCAGUUGCAGCAGCUGCAGCUGCAAGAGGAGGAGCAACAGCAACAGCAGCAACAGUUUUUGAGCCUCAGCAUUGAGUGCAAAAAGGAAAAAUAUGAUGUUUCAUUGGCCGCCAGCUUAUGUCAUUCGAUUGAAGAUGCAUUUGAGAAUGAUUAUAGCAAGGAUUCCAUUUGCUGGCCCGAUUUGCUGCAAAUGAAUGUGGCUGAGGCCAGCAACAGUCCCGCAGUUUCACCAGCGCCCAGCAAAGUGUCAACAUUGCAGCUGCAGCAGCAACCCUUGCAGCUGCAACAGCCACAGUUGGAGCAGCAGCAACAGCAACAACAGAAUAUCAUAUUGAAUGCAGUGCCAUUGAUAACCAUACAAAGCAGCAAGACAAUGUUGCAACAGCAGCAGCAGCAGCAAUCAGAGGAGGAGUUGCAGGCGCUGAUAGUGUCGGACAAGCAGCCCGCCAUGAGGCUAUUGAGUGCCGCCAGGGCAACCAUAUGCAUAAGCAAGGCCACGCCAACCACAAAGGCAACGUUGCCGCAAACAAUGUUGCCACAGCAGCAGCAGCAGCAGCAACAGCAGCAGCAACAUGGCAGCAAGCGUCAUUUAAGCAGCCAAUCUGCUGCCGAUUCGAAACGCCUGAAGAGCGGCACCAUGACGCUAGAGGUGCAGUCCCCACAGCUACUGCAGCAGCUGAUGGGCAAGGAGCAACAGCAGCAGCAGCAGCAACAACAACAACAGCAGCAACAGCAGGCAAACAAGCGGCAUGCUAGCGAACGCUGGUCCACUGCAGCUGAGGCCAAGCAGCAGAAGCAACAGCAGCAGCAGCAGCAACAGUCAGAAUCCGUGCUAAAGAAUCUGUUGCAGACCAAGAAAAGCGAAGACGAUGCCCAGCCCACGUCCAUUGACGACUACUCUCCGGACCAGGUGGUGUCGCCCAGCCUUGCAUUGGGCAACGCCGCCAAGUAUUCGACGCCGGCGCCGUGCCGCACGUCGACAGCUUCGGUGUUGCGCAACUAUCGCAACAAUCCACUGAUCAGUGGCACCAGCCUUCAGAUGUCACCGGUCUUUCCGAGCUGCGAUGCCGCUAGCGCCGGCUGCGAUGGUGAUGCCAGCUCGGUGGCCUCUUUAGAUGAUUUCAUGCCGCCGGCGCUGACCGCCUGCGACACGGAUGCCUCCAGUGACAGCGGCAUCGAUGACAUCAGCCUGAUCGAGACGGGCAUGGCCAGGAGGUCGCUGCAAAAUCAGCGCGAGGCAACGCCCAUGGAUGUUGCCUCUGUGCCGCCGGCACCGCCGCCGCAGUGCGAGGAGGAUCAGAUGGAGACAAUUAGUAGCAAUGCGACCAGUCGCAAGUCCUCCAUAUCCUUCAUAGACAGCAGCAAUCCGCUGCUGCGCACACCCUACCUAAUGGAUCUAUGCAACGACGACUACAGCUUCGAGUUCACCAACAACCCACUGGACGCGGGGCUGAGCUACCUGGAGAUUCCCUAAACGCCUCCAACAUUAGGGGGAGCAUUGCAUUUUAUUUUACGUAAGCAUCAUUUUGUUUUUUAGUUGGGUUUUGUUUAUUUUGGCAUUUACAGCGUUGGGGUGGAAAAGUUAACAGAAGUAAAAUUAAAGCUAAAAUAAAAGAUUCGUUUUUGAGCCUUGCGUAAAUGUGAAAAUUAUAAAUAUAGCCGUGUGACGACCGCGCUCCGAAAAACAACCACACGACACACACAAAAACAGGAAUGGUUAAAAAUAUUUUGAAUAGUUUUGUAGCAACUUUAACUGCCUAGAACAGAUGAAUAUACAUGUAUGUAAUUUAGUCGUAAUGUUUCUACAUGCAACAAAAAAGUUGAGAAGAAAAACCCAAAAAACAAAAAAAAUAAAAAACAAUUUUACCGAAAUAAGUUAAGCUCGUACACAG